UAACCCUACGAUUGGUUACGCCCAAUUCGAUCAUUCACAGCAAAUAGCGGAAAUCACUAACGAGAUUUUGCGGUUUCAAAAUGUCAAGUACACAAAUCUGCUCUCCUUCAAAAGAUUGGAGGACUAUAUCCGAUACUCGGCGAGCUUCGACGAGACCGAGGAGGAGCUGCGUAAGCGCAAUAUGGCCCUGUCAUUGCAGCUAGAAGCUGACUCAGACGUUGGGGAUGGCCAGAGCCAGGACGGCUUUAUGCCUAGGAAAGGAGUCGGGUCGCAAAG